AUGGUCAAGUCACGCGCAGGCAGAGGCAUGCUCCUCACAUCCAAUCUCCCGCAGCUUCAGAAUCUCAUCAAGCGCGAUCCCAAAGGGUACAAGGAAGAAUUCCUCACGCAAUACAACCAUUACCUCUCGCUCCUCCGCCUCAACUCGGUAGCUGCGGCCGGUACAGCUUCUUCGUCCACUGGUGCAGAGAAGGACAAGUCGAACGACCUCUUUGCCGAUUUGGUGACCUUCAUCAGUCAGGUCGCGCAGUGUUAUCCGGAGGAGACGAAGGAUUUCCCGGCGCAGCUUAAGGGGCUGCUGCUGGGCCAGAAUGGGUCGACGAUGGUUAAGGGAGAUCUGAGAAAGACGGCCGUGAAGAAUUUGGUCAUGCUGCGGAACAAGGAGGUCAUCGACUCUAUCGAACUCCUCCAGACACUGCUUCCCCUUCUUCCUCAUGUACCCUCCUCUCUCCGCUCCAUCAUCCGCCAGACCAUCCUCACCGACCUCAAAACGUCCAACGCCAAGACCAAGAACCAUCGUCUCAACCGCGUCGUCCAGUCGCUCCUUUUCGGUAUGGUCGAGUCGGGCAUGCACAAUGAAGUGGUUGGCGACAAGGGCAAAGGGAAGGGCAAGAACGGGAGCAAGGAGAAGGGCGGGGAGGCGAUGUGGGCGGUCAUGAUGGUCAAGGAGUUGUGGAAGAAGGGUGUCUGGGCAGACGCUAAGACGGUCUCGAUCGUCUCGCUCGCGGUAUUCCACCCAAAUACCAAGGUUCAAGCCGCGGCGAUCCACUUCUUCCUCGGGUCGGAGAACGAUGAGGAGGCGGAAGAAGAAGAGGAGGAUGAGGUGAGGGAGGCGAGGAAGGAUGUCAAGAAGAUGCAGCAUAGUCUGGAUGUGGGCAAGUCGGGGCGGAAGAAGGAGAAGCUGUUGAAGCUGUCCAAGCGGGAGGCGAACAAGAAACGCUCCAAGAAGCAAGCUGGUCUAGGCGUACAACCCAACUUCCCCGCUCUCGAGUUGUUGCACGACCCCCAAACGUUUGGCGAAAAGCUUUACGACAACCUGCACAAACACGACAAGAUCUUCUCGCUCGACCACAAGAUUCUCAUCAUGCAGCUACUAUCUCGGGUCAUGGGCGCUCACAAGCUUUGCAUCCUCGGCUUCUACAGCUACAUCAUCAAAUACUUGACCUACCACCAACUCCAAGUCACCCUCAUUCUCGUCUCCCUCGCUCAAUCCGUACACGAUCUCACCCCUCCCGACGUCCUCACCCCCGUCGUCCGCAAGCUCGCACAAGAGUUCGUCCAUCCCGGUGUUGGCGCCGAGGUUAUCGCGGCGGGUAUCAACGCCAUCCGCGAGAUCUGCCGGAGGCAACCAUGGUGUAUGGAGGAAGACCUCCUGAGCGACCUUAUCGACUACCGGAAGUCCAAAGACAAGGGCGUCGUCACUGCCUCCCGGGGUCUGCUGCAGCUCUUCCGGGAGGUCAACCCGGGAUUGCUCAAGAAGCGGGAGCGAGGAAAGACCGCUACGAUGGGCACCGGCGUCACCCAGGUUCCGGAAUACGGUCAUACCCGUCAAAAGGCCGAGGCGAUCGACGGUCUCGACCUCCUCGAGGAUCACUUUGCGGCGAUGCGCAAAGAGGCGAACGGGGGAGUCAGCGAUGACGAGCAGAUGGGGGCGGAUCAGGACGAUGAGGCGGGUUGGGACAAUUGGGAUGUCGACAGCGAUGCUGACAGCGAGUCGAGCGGGUGGCAUGAUGUCUCUGAUGACGAGGGGGAUCUGCAGCUGUCGGACAGCGAAGAUGAGGGACCGAGAAAGGACAGGCAAAAGCGGAAGCUCGAUGCCGAGGAGCACGAGGAGGCGCCGGAGAAGAAGAAGGGGAAGCGGGCUAUCCGGAAAGAGGAGGAAGCGGAGAAGCGGGGAGAAGGCAAGAAGCCCGAAGCGGACGCCGGUGUCGACAUGGACGACAAUGACGAUUCCAAGUCGGUCGUCUCGGUCGCUCCUAGCAUGGCGACCGAGGCCUCGGUCGUCACCAAGAAGCUCUCCCUCCUCGCCCAACAAAAGAUCCUCACCCCGGCCGACUUUGUCCUCCUCAACGAACUCCGCCUCAAGGCCGCGCAGGAUCUCGUCAAAUCUGGCGGUGGCUCGGGUGCCAAGCGGAAGCUGGCAGCGCUCGAGGCGUCCAAGCGGCACGUAGGGGAGGACGAGGCCGACCGGUUCUUGACGGAGAAUGAGAUCUUGGGGCCACGGAAGAAGACCAAGGCGGAUUAUGAGGAGCGGAUGGAGAGUAUCAAGAAGGGUCGGGAGGGGAGGGAGAAGUUUGGAAGCUCCAAGGGGAAGAAGACUAAGGAGGUUAAGAGUAGUAGUACGAAUAGGGAGAAGUUGAGGAGCAAGCCAUUGAUGAUGGCUGUACAGUCGAACCGGAUCAGAGGCAAGAAGACAGCCAGUCUUCGUGACAAACAAAUCAAACUGCGAGCUUCUCAAGAAAAGCAGCGCAAGAGUCAGUUCUAG